AUGAUGGAUGACUACAAAUACCUGUUCAAGAUCCUCGUUCUGGGCGACUCCGGCGUGGGCAAGUCCUGUCUGCUGAUGCGCUUCUCCGACGGCCGCUUCACCGGCAAGUACCUGUGCACGGUGGGCGUGGACUUCAAGGUGCGCACCGUGGAGGUGGCCGGCCAGGUGGUGAAGCUGCAGAUCUGGGACACCGCCGGCGAGGAGCGAUUCCGGUCGGUGCUGCCCGCCUACUACCGCGGUGCCCACGGUGUGCUGCUCGUCUACGACACCACAUCGGUCAGCACUUUCCGCAGCCUCGACGGCUGGCUGAAGGAGAUUCGGCGCCGUUGUCCGGACCGGGUGAACGUCUUCCUGGCGGGCAACAAGUGCGACGAUCUGGUGGGGCGCCAGGUGAGCCAGCAGCAGGCCACCCACUACGCCGAUCAUCGGGAACUCCCGUUCCGCGAGGUGUCCGCCAAGAGUGGCGCCAAUGUGAAUCACGUAUUCGCCGCGUUGGCGGUCGGCAUCUUCAACCGCCUGGUGGCCACAACCCCUCCGUCCACCCGCCUCCUGGCUGGGCAGGAUCGAAAGGUCGACCCGGAGGACAGGAAGACCGCGGAAAAUCCGAAAAUCCGUCUACUUAGCAAUGGACGCCUGCGAUCCAAGCCCAUCGAAUCCUGCUGUUGA